AUGACACUUGCUGCUCCCCUGACUUCCAAGGUAGAAGUGUUCAUCAAACAACAGUGGUCCCAGGCCACAAUUCAGUUAGGCAAAGAAAGUUUGACUUUGUCGCUGGAUGAUCCGUGCUACGGGGAAGGUAGUACCGCCAAUGGAUCAUGGGAUAGAAAUGCUUGUGAUCCUCAUCCCCCACCUGAAUUAACUGGCCACAAAAGGGUUGUAAAGCUGCAAAAGGAAGACUCAAAUGGUUUGGGAAUAAGUAUAAAAGGCGGUCGAGAAAAUAAAAUGCCCAUUCUGAUUUCAAAAAUUUUCAAAAAUAUGGCAGCCGAUAAAAGUAAACAGUUGUAUGUUGGUGAUGCCAUUUUAUCUGUAAAUGGAGAGGACCUGAGGGAUGCCAGACAUGAUGAUGCAGUCAGAGCCCUUAAGAAAGCCGGAAGAAUGGUUGAACUUGAAGUUAAAUUUCUCUGGGAGGUAAUUCCAUAUUUCAGGAAAUCAUCAGUUCUGAGUGAGUUAGGUUGGGGAAGUUUGAAAUCAACAUCCUCUAAAUGUUCAUUGACAGCGGGCAAACAAACAGCAGACAUAUCCAAGUCCAUUCCUCUCAUGAUGUCCUACUGCAGGCUCUGCAUCAGCAUUCCAAGGGGUCUCGAGUUGCUUUCACCUGAUCUGAAAUGUUCUUUGACUUUUCGAUUCCCUGACGAUCCGACCACAUUCACAUGGCUCAAUGCCCUUCACUCCUGUAUACAAUCUUCAAAUGUGGAAGCUGUAACAGAGGCCAAUAAAAUUUUAAGGUCAACCUCUACAAAUCCAUCUGGAGAUAUCGUUCAAAUCAGACACUUAGGAUGGCUCACUGAACAAGUGAACCAGAAUGUAGCACUAUCAUCUGCAUGGAAGCCAAUAUUUGUUGCAAUAACAGAGAAAGAUAUUUUGUUUUACGAGGCAGCUCCCACCAGCCAAGAGGAAUGGUCCAAUCCAUUUCUCAGUUACUCCAUUCUCACAACCAGGUUGGUGCACAUAAACAGCUCAGCAUUUCAACAGCAACAGUUCCAACAACUACAUCAACAUUACCAACAUCUGCAGCAGCAACAACAACAACAACUACCACAACUUGUCUUUAUAGAUCAAUUUUAUUUUGGGCUUAGAUCUGGCACAAGGUAUGGAAUAGAAGAGCACAUAUUUCGAGUUGAGGUGCAGAAUGACCUUUCAAACUGGUCAAUGGCUCUUGUGCAGGGCUCAUGUUCAGCUGUUGAACUGGUUAAAGAAUUAAGCACUGCUGUGUUAUGGAACAACAUGCCCUGUCGUCUGGUCCUACAUUACGAGAAUGGCUUCACAUUGCUGGGUACAUCUCCCUCACAGUUGCCAUCCUCCCCAUCAGCAGUUUCCAUGAACAACCCGAAUCCAGAGGCUCUCACCAUGAAGUUGUUAUGGCACUACCCAUUUGACAGGCUGGUCUCAACUGACGAUGAUGGCGUUCGACUGCUCAUGCUCACUUUCUCUGAUGACAGGACUGUUGAAUUAGAUUUGGAUUUGAAUCCGAAGCCACUUGUCUUCAUCCUCCAUAGUUUCCUUGCAGCCAAGAUCUCUCGUCUCGGCCUCGUUUCUUGA